AGCUAUCGCCACCGGCCAAGGCCGUCUACUUCAGUUUCAGUAAGCCCUUAUCUCUCUCUCUUCCGCCUACUCUUUUCUUUUCUACUUUUUCUACCACUCUCCAAUGGCCAACAUCGAUGAUGCCAUUGCUCGCGGCAGCCUCCACAUACUAAUGUUUCCUUUCGUCGCUUUCGGUCACAUUAGCCCCUUCCUCCAACUUUCCCGCAAGCUCUCUGCCGCCGGUGGCAUCCACAUCACCUUCCUAUCCACUCCGGCGAACAUCCCUCGCAUCUCCUCCCUGCUCCCGUCCUCACCCUCCAUACGCCUCCACUCCCUACCCCUCCCCGCCAUCCCCGGUCUCCCCGCCGGAGCCGAGAGCACCGCCGACCUCCCCCAGCACACAGCCGAACUCCUCAAGCUCGCCGUCGACAGCAUGCAGCCACAAGUCGCCGCCCUCCUCGUUGACCUCCGUCCAGAUCUCGUAUUCUUUGACUUCGCCCAGCCGUGGCUCCCCUCCAUCGCCCACCCACUCGGUGUGAAGACGCUCUUCUUUUCUGUUUUCUCCGCCGCCGCCACCGCCUACCUCACCGUCCCUUCCCGCCGCAGCAAGCACUCCAUCGCGAACAUUGCGGGCGAACUCAUCCGCCCUCCGGCCGCCUUCCCUGACUCCACCGCGCUCUCCGCCGGCGUCCCCGCCUACCAAGCCGCCGACUUCUCUUACAUCUUCAGAAGCUCCGGCGACGCCGGCGAGCUCUCCGUCUUGGACCGCGUCCUCACUGGUCUCACCGGCUGCUCCGCCGUCGUCGCCAAGACCUGCAUGGAAAUGGAAUCUCCCUACAUCCACUACAUCGAAUCCCAGCUCGGCAAACCGGUCCUCCUCGCCGGCCCGGUCGUCCCCGAAUCACCGGCCGGCUCGCUCGGCCUCGAGUGGACGACCUUCCUCGACCAAUUCGCUGAUGGCUCGGUCGUCUUCUGCUCCUUCGGCAGCGAGACAGCGCUUAGCGAAGAGGGGGUCGAGGAGCUUUUGCUCGGGCUGGAGAUGGCAGGAAAGCCAUUCUUGGCCGUGCUAAAGGGCGGCACCGCCGCCUUCGGAAAGGCCUCCGCCGACGGCAGCGGCGCGAGGUUGGUGAGGGAGGGAUGGGCCCCGCAGCAGCUGAUACUUGGUCACAGAAGCGUGGGGUGCUUUGUAUGCCACGCGGGAAUGAGCUCGUUGGUGGAGGCGGUGGUGUCGGGAUGCAAGCUGGUGUUGUUACCGCAGAGAGGUGAUCAGUACCUCAACGCCAGACUGUUCGCGGGGGAUUUGGGAAUUGGGGUGGAGGUGGAGAGAGAGGAAAGCGGUGGGUUUAAGAGGGAGGCGGUGAGGGAUGCGGUGGUGAGGGUGAUGGAGGAGGAGAAGGGGAGGGAGAGUUUUGACAAGUGGAGAGAAUUUUUCAUGGAUGGUGAGGUGCAAAAGAAGUUCUUAGAGGAGUUUGUGGAGAAGUUGAAGGAAUUGGCUUAUGGUAAAUCAUCCAAGUGAUAUUAUUUUGAAUUAAACCGUAUGCCAUUUAUGGAUCUUAUUUAGGAGUUUUUAUUUUGUUCGGUUGACCGGAUGCAAGAAGCAUCCGGUCGUAGGAAAAAAAAAAGGCGGUACCGAGGUGUACCGAGUUUUUCAAAAAACUCGGUACACCACGGUACCGAGUUUUUUUUGCCUACGACCGGAUGCUUCUCUGCAUCCGGUCGGAGGACGUAAUAAUUGUUCCUUAUUUAGGGGGUGUAAUCAAAUAAAUGCAACGAGGUGCAAGAGAGGUUCUUAGGAGGGGGUUUGUAGGGGAAGUUGUAAGAGUUGGCUUAUAAAUAAAUUGAUCAAUGUGAGAUUGUUCUGAGGAAAAUUCUAAGUUAUGUGAAGGUCUUGUUUUGAGUUUUUAAUGUAACGAAUGUUUUCGUUUAUAUUUUAUUAUUUUUGUUUA